UCUGUGCUCUGUGCUGAAGCUAACGCUAAGCUAGCAAGCUGUCAAGCUGUCCAGUGGAGAGGCUGGGACAGACGCUUCAGCUUCCCCCCGCCUUUGCCACACACAUCUCCGGCCCACAGAAUUCAAAGAAAAUUCCUUAGAGAAUAUUUUAGAUUUCCAUUUGAGAGAAUGUAAUGCAUCCCGGACGUUCUCAAACAGGGACCUUCGCACUGAGACGUUUUAUAUGCGCUGAGUGACGACAGCUCACAGCUAGCUAACUGGCUGCUAGCUUAACCGCUUCUGCAACCCUCACAGAUUCCUCGGCGUCCCUUCCUGGUGUUAACCGCAGCCAGACAGUCCUUCACACUGUCGCAGAUUCCGUCGCUGCCAUCUGGUAUUUUGGAAACUUGAUCUCACAAGGGACGAAAUGGGCGCAUUUCUGGACAAACCAAAGAUGGAAAAGUAUAACUCCCGUGGUGAGGGCAACAACCUGAGGUAUGGCCUGAGUAGCAUGCAAGGCUGGAGGGUAGAAAUGGAAGAUGCACACACAGCAGUAAUUGGCCUGCCUCAUGGUCUCGACCCCUGGUCAUUCUUUGCUGUUUAUGAUGGGCAUGCCGGCUCUCAGGUGGCCAAAUACUGCUGUGAGCACCUGCUAGACCACAUCACUGCCAACUCAGACUUCCGGGGUGCUCUGCAGGACGAGCAGUCAGUUGAAAGUGUGAAGAAAGGGAUCCGCACGGGAUUCCUGCAGAUCGAUGAGCACAUGCGAACCAUCUCAGAGAAGAAGCAUGGUGUGGACCGCAGCGGCUCUACUGCAGUGGGAGUGAUGAUAUCUCCAGGUCAUAUCUACUUUAUCAACUGUGGAGACUCGCGGGGACUUCUUAGCCGGGGUGGAGCUGUUCACUUCUUCACACAGGAUCACAAACCCAGCAACCCUCUGGAAAAGGAAAGGAUCCAGAAUGCCGGUGGCUCAGUCAUGAUCCAGCGAGUCAAUGGUUCCCUUGCUGUGUCUCGAGCUUUGGGAGACUUCGACUACAAGUGUGUGCAUGGCAAAGGCCCGACAGAGCAGCUUGUCUCUCCUGAGCCUGAAGUUUAUGCAAUAGAGAGAAACGAGGGAGAAGAUGAAUUUAUUAUUCUAGCAUGUGAUGGUAUCUGGGAUGUUAUGGCCAAUGAGGAACUGUGUGACUUUGUAAGGUCAAGGCUAGAGGUGACAGAGGAUCUUGAAAGAGUCAGCAAUGAAAUUGUUGACACCUGCUUGUACAAGGGAAGCCGAGACAAUAUGAGUGUUGUGUUAAUCUGCUUAACCGGAGCGCCAAAGGUGUCCCCAGAAGCAGUGAAACGGGAGGCCGAGCUGGAUAAAUAUCUGGAGGCCAGAGUAGAAGAGAUCAUCAAAAAGCAGGGGGAUGAAGGUGUACCAGAUUUGGUCCAUGUCAUGCGGACGCUAGCAUCUGAGAGCAUCCCUAACCUCCCUCCUGGAGGAGAACUGGCAAGCAAACGAAGUGUUAUUGAAGCGGUGUACAACAAACUCAACCCCUACCGAAGUGAUGACACAGACUCUGCGUCCACAGACGACAUGUGGUAACACAACCUCCUACCACUAACACAGCAUAGCGUUUACAAACCACCAUCCUCUCAAGACCAACAGCAGCUCAGCUCAGCAGUCUGUCUCUCCGUCACUCUGAGCUUUUGGUUUCUAAGAAGGGAAUUUCAUGGGAGGAGGAGGAGGAGGAGGAGAAGAGGGAGGAGGAAGAGGAGUUGCAUGCACACAAACCUGGAAUAGUGCAGCACCAGUCCACUCUGGAGUUCAGGAUCCCCGCCGUCUCGUCUCCCCUUUAUGUUCACCCACCUUAAUACUCUCCUCUAAAGUAACCCAUAACAAGUGAGUCCACAGGUCUUCUUUCUUUUUGUUAAAUAAUCAGCUUAAGUAGUGAUUUUUUUUUGUUGUUGCUGUAAUUAAUUUGAUUCACAUUUCCUUGUGUGUGUUUGUAUAUUUCUGUUUUUGUGAAGUGCAAUUGUCCUGUACAAACAGCCUGUAUUUAAUGCAGCUUGAUUUUAAGUUAAAAAAUGAAAGAAAUGAAAAAGAGAACCUUUUAUGCACUAUCUGCCUUUUCCUGCUCUUCUGGAAUUGUAACAAAUGUCUAUUCAGUGAAUAUUUCUGCUUGUCCUCCAGGCACAACAAUGUCUCUGCGCUUUUGACUUCUCUUUGUUUUAUUUUAUUUUAUUUUCAGUUGGUCUAUGCUCCUUUAUAAGAAACGGGUAAAUUGUAUAGUUGACAGCACAGUAAGCUCUCUAUAUCAAACCAUUUAAAUCCUAAUUAUUUUCCCUUUGCUUUUUUUUUUAAUUGUAUUUUAUUUUUGUAAGUGGUUUUCUGUACAUGCUUAGAAAUAAUGGCAAAGUGUUUCUCAGUUAUUUUGGAAGUGUGAAGUGAAAAAUACUUUCUUUUUCAUUUCUUCGAGGCAUCUGACGAAAAAAAAAAAAAAAAAAAGACCCCUGUUCACACGUUUGUCUGUGCAAUAGAUACCUUCAAGCGUGCGUGGGUGCUUGUGUGUAUGUAUGCGCGCACGUGUGUUAGUGUAAAGGCAGAUCUCUUUGUGCAACUCUAAAUUAGCAAAAAUGCUCGACAGAGCGAGCUGGAGUUUUCAUUGUCUGCCUUUUUUUUUUUAGCCAGUGAUCCCUAACAACCCAAAAUAGACUUUCACUACUUCUGAAUAUGAAACGCUUUGGAUAACAGAGUUUACAUGCUGUAACGCUAUUUGAACAACUUCAAGCUAUAAAUCACAACUAUACUAUAACCUGAGAUGACACAAGUAGUUCAAUUUACCCACAGUCUGCAGCUAGUUAGAGGCUGACUACUUUACACAUCUUGUGUCAUAUUUGAAUACCAGUUUCUAAACAUUGCUCAUAUUGCCCUCUGAGGGUGCCAUAUGAUUUAUAAUCACCUGUUUCAGCUUUAUGACAGCCUAUGCCAAGUUUGUUUUUCAUGGAACUCAUUUUUUUGUGUGGUACAGAUUCAUUUUUUAGCUUCUAACUUUAACAUUUGUUAAUUUGACCCAAGUGAACAGAUGAAGCACUGAUUAUUUUAGAGAGAAUUUACAACAGGUGGAACUCUUGAUUCUUCUCCCAUGGUUUUUAUUUGACACUCAAACAAGAACAAAUCCGCUCUCUUACCCUGAAGUUUAUCUGAUUAAAAAAUCAUCCCCGGCUCCACAAGCCCAAGCAGAGCUGUGAUCGUUUACGAUCUGUGGGUUGAUUUUUGUUUUUAAGUGAGUUCCCCCCUCUGCAAAGAUAGUCACUGACUAAAUCUGUACUCCACACACAGUAGUUACAUUUCUUCAAGAGAAAUGGUUUUAUUUCAAAAUUUAUUCUUCUGCCUUUUUUUUUGUUCAAAAUUGCAUUGUUUGAAAAUUUAUGUAUGUAUAUAUUUUUGACUCAAACUUUCAAGGAAUAAAUCAUUUCGCUUGAGGUAGUUUUUUUGCCGUGGACAAAAUGUGAUUCUGGUUUAUUUUGGGAUGGUCAGUUAACACCCUGUGCGUGUCUUGGCAACAAAUAAUUCCCUUUCCUCAUCUAUUGGUUCUGAUCAUAACACACCACAGUCAUGUACUGAAACUGUUCUCAUCUUAUUUAUCAAAAUGACAAUCCUAACUGUCGUCACCACGUUAAGGUCUGUGGCGGGAAGCUCAUUCUAAAUUCUUAACAAAACUAAAAUCCUAAACGCCUAAAUUUGCUGCUCUGUUAUGCUUUUGUGGCAAAAAGGCCAAAGACCACUUACAUUUAGUGAUUGUGAAGUCACAUAAUAAAAAAUGUAAACCCUGUAGACGAUGUUUAAAAUGUUCAACUAUAGAAGAGUGAAAUUAACUUAUUUGAGUUUUCUUUUAGUAACUUUUGAAGCGACUUCUUGGCAUUUUUGACCACUGGGGGGUGCUGUUGAGAAACAUUUUAAUGAGCAAGUCCUCGCUCUGCUAGCAUUCACGUACAACACAAAAUCACUGGAUGUAAUCAAAUGUUUUUGUUUUUUUCGCUGACCGAGGGGGGCAGUAAUGUGCAAAAGAUAUAAAAAUGUUAAAAAACAGAUUUUAGACAAUGAGGCGGCUUGGUGUUUUGAUUAGUGGAAAUUCUGUUGGAAUUUAACGACCUGCAAAAAGCAGAUUGUUUGCUCAUAAAAUGACUGUUCACACUGGAAACUCCAUAGAGUACCUUCAAACAGUCAGCCUCCUUGAAAGUGAAAUAAAUAACUCUGUAGAUGUCCUGUCGAGACUGAAAACACGUCAGGUUGUAAACUUGGUUGAGUGUUUCUGCAUGAAAAUGUGUUUAUAUAUAUAUAUAAAUAUAGUCUUUCCCAUACAAAGAUCCCAAACUUAAUUUCAACAACAUAAGAAAAGUAAAAAUAUCAUUUUAUUUAUUUUGUGAAACCUACGAUUAAAAACUCUACAAGUCGAUACAGAGUGUUAAAAAGAACCUUGUCUCUUAUCUCAGCUAAAUAAUCACUUUUAUUUGACUGCUUAUAUUUAAGUAUGUGCACAAAUUAUCCCAGUCUUGAACACCCAGCUGCGUUUUGUUUGUUUCAUUCACAUUUUCGUUUCUUUGUGAUAAAGAGCAAACAAUAUUUCUUUGCAUCAGGAGGCCCCUGACGACCCCCCUUUCUACAGCUUUCUGCUUCACCCCAAGAUUUAAAAAAGAUCAGGAAGUGGCCCCUUAAAUGAUGCUGUAGGUGGAAUGUUAACAGAUAUCAGAAGUGGCUUGGCUUUAGUUUGUCACAUUUUGGUGUUUUAUUUACAUUUUGUACAUUUCUAUGGCUUCCCUGUUUCUCCCAACCCCUUGACAAAAAGUGAACAAAACAAGGAUCUCAAGCAUCGAUCAUCCUCGUUUGAAUUUGUAUUGAACUGAAAUACCUCAUAACAUUUAUAGGAAAUGUUUUUGUCUUGUGUUUUGUAGAUCCAAACUGCAGAGAGCAGUUUCCUUGUGGUUCUCCCUGCUUUGAUUUGUAACACUGAUCUAUUUGGGUGGGAUACGUCUGUGCUCGUGUACAGUAUUUGACUGAAUUGUGCUGAUUCUAACAAACAAGUAAUGAAAUUAGUAACUAGGAACACUAUUGGCCUUGUGGUAUAAGCUGACCCCCCCCCCCUUUCCCUCAUAAACACACAGACACACACUUCCUUGAAUGCUCACCUGUGUAAUUAAACCACCUCUUCCACUUGUGUGAUGCUCACUUAGCUCAAAUCUAGAAUUGUAUGGAGAGUUCAGGGUUUUAGAAACGUGAGAUGUGUGAGAAAAGUAGGUGUGACUAAAUGACGAUAGUCAUAUGCACUGAUCAUCUGUAUAAUCAGCUUUCACUUUUUCUUUCAGAAAGUUGUUAUUGUAGAGAAGAAAAAAAAGAUUAUAAAGCUAUUUACAGAGUUACCUUUGGUUGCCUGGAAUGCAUCCUGUAUAUUCUUGUACGGAGGACUACCUGGCAGAAGAGAUUUUAAAUGCUUGCACCCUCUUGUACAUAUUGAUGUACCUCGGUUGUGGCGUUUACUGUGUGACCCUUAGCAGUGGCGGUCUCUUCGUCCCCUCACAGGGCGGCUCGAGCCUCACUUUGCUGACCUUUUUCAGCUCAUAAAUAAGCUCACCGAUUUGCCUUACCCAAUCUCAUGUUGCCCCCUAAAGUACUUGUUCAACUAAACACUACGAGGAGGAGUGAUGCUGCUGACAUUACACUCUCACAGAUUAAGACAACUGUCCCCAUGUUAGGGUACUUAAGCUAUCAACAAAGUGACUUUGUCCUGGUUCUCACAAGGUACAACUUUUCAGCCACAGCUGGUUUGUAUGCUAUUCUUUUCUCCCCGUGUUCCCCCUUUUGAAUCUCGGUCUUGAAGCUUAUUUAAUUUCUCACCGCAGAUGAUGUCAUUCUUUUAACAAAUGCAAGUGUUUAACAUGGUAACCUUGUAAGCAUUCAGAAAUGUGCAUACAUACAUUCAUGUCUGCUCUAUUUAUGGUCACAUUCAAGAAUAGCUUUAGAGUGCUGUAGAUAAGUAUUGUCAAUGUUGAUUCAAAUGCUUCUCAGAGGCCUCUGUGAGUGAUUUUACAAAGUUCAAUAACUGUAUAUUUUGUAUUAUGUUCUAGCUCCAAAGGAAUGGCAGGAUGGAAAAAAAGAAAAUGUUUAAAAAAGCUUUGUUCCCUGAACUAAAUUGUACUAUUUGUGUUGUCGAUUGAACAAAUUGCAUUCCUUGCUUGUGAAUUGAUGCAUUUCUCUCCCUGCUCCUUAAAUUUUCGCCCCUUCUUUGCCUCCUUUCUUUCAUUUUUUAGCCUUUGAAGUUUGAAUAAAAAUUCUAGUUUGCAGAAUGUAUUACUAAAUAAAUGGGUUGUCAUCUUGUA